AUGUCUCUCGGGUUCCUCACCGAGUCGGCGCUCGUCCCGUCCAAGGCCAAGGCGAUCAAGGUCGACUCCAAGUCGAUCGUCGACCUCAAGGCGCUCGUCUUCCGCGAGCAGGAGCGCAAGAAGGCGGCCACGGAGGCCUCGGGGCUGCGCUCGAAGCGCGGCGCGCGGGCCAAGGAGCUCCAAGCCGGCAAGAAGUCCGAGACGAACGCCGGCAUCGAGAAGCGGCGGCAGCGCGACGAAGACGAAGAAGCCCUCGGCGACGACGAGCGUGCCAAGAAGAAGCGGUCUCGGCAGAUACUCAUCGAGAAAGCCAAGCUCUACGAUCAAAUGGCCCGCGGCGAGCGACCAGCGACUGGCGACGUGCUCAUCAACUUUGACGCCAAGACGACCCAUCGGGACCAUGAAUUCACGGAGGCUGCGCCCAAGCCCGCAGCUGACGAUGGCGAAUGGGUCGAGAUUGUCGACGAGUUUGGCCGGACCAAGAAGGUGACCAAGCACGAGUACGAGGCCUCGUUGCCGCCGCCACCACCGACCGAGGGCUCGAAGAGCGUGGGCAGCUUCGUCGUCUCGCAGUGGGAAAAGACGCUCAACUCGCAGGAGAAGAGCUACUUGACCGAGGUGCACGCCGAGGCGCAGCACGCCAAGCUCACGCUCGCCGACAAGAAGCGGCAGAAGGAGCAGCGCCGCGAGAAGCUCAAGCUCGCUUUCAACAACAAGAGCACGCCGGCCGUUGCGCCAUCGAGCGAUAUUUCAGCCCAAGCCUCGCGGGACGCUUCGGAUUUCUUGUCCAGUCUCUUGUAA